AUGUUCAACCGCGAUGAAGAACACACGACGUUUGUCACCGACAAAGGUCUCUACUGUUACAAAGUGAUACCCUUCGGUCUCAAAAACGCUGGGGCAACUUAUCAACGCCUCAUCAACAAGAUGUUCGCGGGACAAUUAGGAAAGUCAAUGGAGGUUUACGUCGAUGUCAUGCUGGUGAAGAGCAUGAAGACCGAGGACCAUGUGGAGGACCUCAGGAGAAUGUUCAGCGUCCUCAGGACGUACAAAAUGAAGCUAAACCCCCACAAGUGUGCCUUUGGCGUCGCUUCAGGGAAAUUCUUGGGUUUCAUGGUGAGUAGUCGAGGAAUCGAGGCCAAUCCAAAGAAGAUUCAGGCCCUCCUCGACAUGGGAUCGCCAAGGAAGCCCAAGGAGGUCCAGAAGCUGACAGGUUGUGUAGCCGCACUUAACAGGUUUAUCUCUAAAUCUACGGACAAGUGCGUACCAUUCUUUGAUACCCUGAGAGGAAGCAAGCCAUUCCUAUGGACGGAAGAGUGCGAACAGGCGUUCCACCGACUAAAGGAACACCUUGGGAAACCCCCUCUGCUGUCUAAACCGGUGACCAGAGAGGUGCUGAGCCUUUACCUGGCGGUCUCGAAACACGCCAUUAGUUCGGUGGUGAUCCGCGAAGAGAAGAAUGUGCAGUUGCCGGUGUAUUACACUAGCAAGUGCCUCCUUGACGCAGAGACGAGGUAUCCCCAGAUGGAAAAGCUCACCCUCGCACUAGUUGUGACAGCAAGGAAGUUGCGGUACUACUUCCAGGCCCAUAGCAUUCAGGUCUUGACCAACCACCCACUCAGGCAAGUGCUACAGAAGCCCGACACCUCCGAGUUCACGGGGCUGCCGGACGAGGUCGGCGAAGUUGACAAACCACCACGAUGGAAGCUCUACAUCAACGGGAGCUCCAACGACAAUGGCAGUGGGGCAGGACUGGUAUUACACACACUUGAGGGACACAAGAUCACCUCGGCCAUCAGGUUUGAAUUUCUCGCAUCCAAUAACGAAGCUGAGUACGAGGCGCUGCUGGCCGGGCUCCGGUUAGCGGAGCACCUAAAAGCGGGGAACUUAGACAUCUUCAGCGAUUCACAGCUUAUUGUGAAUCAAGUGAAGGGCCAGUACCAGACCCGGGAUGAGAAAAUGGCCGCGUAUCUAAAGAAGGUCAGGGAAGCCCUGGGGAAGCUCACGGCCUAUGAUAUACAGCAAGUACUGAGAGCAGAGAAUAGCAACGCCGACGCCCUCGUCAAGUUGGCGACGUCGAGAGAUGCUGAGCUCUUGAACCUGGUUCCCGUGGAGGUCUUAAAAGCCCCGACCAUGGCAAAGAGGCCCGAGGUCGCGCCGGUGGAUUACCAGCCAAGCUGGAUUGACCCAAUCAUCAGGUACUUGGUCGACGGUGAACUCCCUGAGGACAGGCAGCAGGCAAAAAAGAUGAAGUAUCAAGCGGCGAGAUACACAAUGCACGACAACCUCCUCUAUCGAAGGGGCUACUCGACGCCCCUGCUCCGGUGCCUCGGCGCAGAAGAGGCAAAGAGAGUGCUGUCUGAGGUGCACAACGGGAUAUGUGGGAACCACGCGGGGGGACAGUCCCUAGCCUACAAAAUACUUCAGCAGGGGUAUUGCAGGCCAAGUCUCAAGAAAGACACAGCCGAGUACGUGAAAAGGUGCGAGAGUUGCCAGAGGUACGCCCUCAUCCCUCGACUGCACUCAGAGGACCUAACAUCUAUAGUGUCUCCCUGGCCCUUCGCUAAAUGGGGAAUUGACCUUAUCAGUCCCCUGCACAAAACCCCGGGGGGUUAUAAGUUCGCUAUUGUCGCGGUCGACUACUUCACAAAGUGGGUAGAAGCCGAGCCAUUGACGACCAUCUCAGAGGAAAAGUGUACAAACUUCAUAUGGAACAACAUAGUUUGCAGGUUUAGUGUGCCACAUUCUCUCAUAUCCGACAAUGGAAAACAGUUCAACAAUGACAACACCAGCCAGUUUUGUGAGCUACUAGGGAUCCACAAGAAUUUCUCCUCCGUCGUAUAUCCCCAAUCCAACGGGCAGGUCGAGGCGGUCAAUAAGAUAAUUAAAGUCACACUCAAACGACGUCUUGACGCCUACAAAGGCAAAUGGGCCGACGAGCUACCAAAAGUGCUGUGGGCCUACAGAACAACGAGUAGAACUACUACGGGGGAAACCUCAUUCUCGAUGGCAUACGGGGUCGAGGCAAUCCUUCCAGUUGAGGUGUCCGUUUCGACCAACCGGGUAACCCGGUACGAGGAGGAUAAGAACGCCGAGCUGAUGGGCUUGGAGCUCGACCUCCUGGAAGAACGGCGCACAGAUGCAUAG